UAGUACUCAAAUCUUGACCUGGAUAAUGUGUAUUGAACUUUACAACAGUUCAACAUUACUGCAAGUCACGCUUGAUUGCACACACAAAGAAACAAGCACAAGCCUAUACCAGGUCACAUGACCUUGGAAAAACCCACACAUUCCAUUGAGACACUUUCUAUGUGCUGUGUGUGGUUAAACUAAAGGAUUUAAUUUCACAAGAUGGCGACCAGUGAGCUGAAUCAGUUUCUGGAAAAUGUUGAUGAGAAGGUCCUCGAGUGUACCAUUUGCUUUAAGAGACUUCAAAAUCCUAAGUCACUCAACUGCCUCCAUAGUUUCUGUUUGUCAUGUCUUGAAGACUGGGUUAAGGAGAAGGGUAGGCUGACUUGUCCAACUUGCUCAAAAUCAUACCGACUUCCAGAGGGCGGGCUUCAGAAGCUUCCACCAAAUACAUUUAUAAAUAACUUAUUAGAAACUAUUGAACAAUUUUCUGGAAAAGAUCAAAUAAAAUGUGCUUGUAAAAAAAGAGAAGCAGCAAUAUAUUAUUGCCAGGAUUGCAGACAGUACUUGUGUUCUACUGGUAGUGAAUAUCAUCAUGAAUUUCGACUCUUUGCAAAUCACAAGCUACAUUCAGUGGAGGAUUUGCGAUCAAUGAGCACAAUACAGAAAGCUUCACUACAUCCGCCGCAGUGUUUGCUUCACAGCAAACCUUUGGAAUUUUACUGUGUAAAUUGUACAACUCCAGUCUGUGUUAAUUGUACAAUUAUGAACCACAAAGAAUGGGAAGGAAAACACAAACCGAUCUGCAUUUCAGAAGCAUUUCAAACAUUUAAAGAAACUUCAGCAACACUAGAAAAAGCUGUCAGUGACUGCAAAAACAAAUUACAAGAUGGCCUCAAAGCAGUAACUCAGAUUGCUACAAAAUUAGGACAAAGUAAAGCUACAACUUUGAGAAAUAUUGACAAUCAUGUACAACUGAUGAUAAAGAAAAUCAAAGAAAAUGGAGACAAAAUUAAAAAUGAAGUAGAGACAAUAUACAAAAAGAAAAAGAAGGUAAAUGAUGUACAAAUGGAUGAACUGAAAACAACAAUAUCUGAUAUAAAUACAAAACUCAGUUUUCUUAAUCAGCUUUUGCAGAGUGAUGAAGCAACAGCAAUGCAGUCAGGUGAAAGAUUAAUUACAGCACUGAAGGAGAGAAUCAAUGAAUUGCCAAAAACAAAGCCAGAUGAUAAUGGACAAAUUAAAUUUGUUAUCAAUGAGAAUCUGUUUGAUUCAUUGCAACAAUGUGAUAUUGGGUAUGUAUCACAGGGAGCAGCAGACCACCUGACAUUGAAGGGAGUGGAAUAUGCAUUACAAGGUCAGACAAUUGUUGUCAAAAUAAUAAAAGCAGACGAAUGUAAAAUACAUGCAAAUCAACUGAAGGCAACUUGGACACAGCCAACAGGAGAAACCAGCAUCAUUCAAGUUCAGGAAGAUGACAAUGGAGAUUAUUUUGUGACAGGAAAAUGCACCAGUACAGGUAUUUGUAAAUUAGAUGUGAGCGCCAGCAGCGAACCAAUCAAGCAGUCACCAGUGAUAGUGAAAGUAGAGAAGGAAGGACUAGUAAAUACCAUUAAAAUAAUAAACAAUGUUAAUGUUUACGAUGUAGUUAAGUGUGAAGAUGGUUGCUUGCUGGUUUCAUGUCUUACAAAUGUAAUAUUCAAGUACAAGCAAUCGGGAGAAUAUAUUGGUAAGGUUAUGCUACCGCAGGGUGUACAGGUUUUCAAAAUGUUCAAAAUGAAGAGUGGUAACAUAGCAUUCAGUGAUUUGGGUAAUAAUAAUACCAUCAAAGUAUGCAAUAUGAAUGGUCAGGUGAUCAAAUCAAUUGGUCAGGGAGUACUAUCAAGUCCAUAUGGUAUCCAUGUGCAUGAGGCAUCAAAUGUUGUGUAUGCUGGAGACUUUAAUUCAGACUAUGUCUACAUGUUUGACUUUGAUAAUGACAAUGUGAACAAGCAGAUAGGGUCAAAGAACAAACACAGUCAAAUAAGUGGAGUCUGUGAUGUAACUCUUACAAAUCAAGGACAUUGCCUCAUAUUGUAUUCUCAAAAUCAAGGACUACAGUUAUUUAAUAAUGAGGGACAGUUCCUGAAAGUCCUUGUUGAAUCAGGAGUUGAAGAUGGUAAGGUGAUGUAUCCACAUGGAGUAGUAGUUGAUGAGGAUGACAACAUCAUUAUAUCAAGUCACCACAAACUACAGCUAUUCAGUAGUGAUGGAUCUUUCAUGAAAAGAAUUGAUAAACCAGAAGAUAAAAUCAAAAGUCCAAGGGGAUUAUCCGUAAUUUCACAUCAUCCAAGGAGACUUGCAGUAGCAAAUUAUGGUGACAAAACUGUAAAAAUAUUCAAUUAUUAAAAAUUGAUAGUCAACUGGUUGCUAUUGUUGUUGUGUGGUCUUUUCAUAAUUAUUAAUUUACAGGUGAAUACCUACAUAUAUUAUUUCAUAUCACUCAUAUAAAUUUGCAGUUGUGAUUACCAAACUAUAUAAACUUAUUAAUUUUGAUGAUGAUGAUACUGCUCA